GCCAGCAGGGGUGUCCGCGGCCGCGGCUUGUUACAGCUGCUGGAGUAGCUGCGGCCCCCGCCCCCGGGCACCUCUCCCGGGCUCUCGACCUCCGACCCCGCACGCGUCUCUGCAGCUUGCUGGUGGACUUGAGGAGUGCUUGGCGUCACAGCAAAGUCUCAGGAGUGCCUCCUGCCUGGGUUUUAGUUUAUUGAUCUUUUCUGCCUUUGGGGCCGCGGGGCAGAGGGGCGGCACGAUGAAUGUGGGCACAGCGCACAGCGAGGUGAACCCCAACACGCGGGUGAUGAACAGCCGCGGCAUCUGGCUGUCCUACGUGCUGGCCAUUGGGCUUCUCCAUGUCGUGUUGCUGAGCAUCCCCUUCGUGAGCGUGCCCGUCGUCUGGACCCUCACCAACCUCAUCCACAACAUGGGCAUGUACAUCUUCCUGCACACAGUGAAGGGGACGCCCUUCGAGACUCCAGACCAGGGCAAGGCACGGUUGCUCACCCACUGGGAGCAGAUGGACUACGGGGUCCAGUUCACAGCCUCUCGGAAGUUCUUGACCAUCACCCCCAUUGUGCUGUACUUCCUCACCAGCUUCUACACCAAGUACGACCAGAUCCAUUUCAUCCUCAACACCGUGUCCCUGAUGAGUGUGCUCAUCCCCAAGCUGCCCCAGCUGCACGGAGUCCGCAUUUUUGGAAUCAAUAAGUACUGAGAGUGCAGUCCCUGUUCCUGCCCUGGACGGCGGGGGAGGGCUGGAGGGCCUGAGCUGCGAUUCUGAAGCCAGAAGGAGCCUCUGGACACUGCCAGAGAUGGGGGCUGAGCCUCUUGGCCUCGUUUUCCCCCUUGCUUCCCCCAGUAGCCGACUUGGAGUAGCUUGUAGUGGGGUUGGGGUAGGCCCCCCUGGGCUCUGACUCCUGAUUUUUUGAUCUUUUCCUUUUGCCUUUUGAAUAAAGACUCUGUGGGGGUGGUCAUAGAAUGGGCCAGGCUCCUGGGCUGAACAUGGGUCUGCAAGGCCAGGGCCAGAGACCCGUGUCCCUUGUUGACCCUCAAGUAGCCAACGCACUUUAACCCCACCAGGGGAGUGGAGGGACGGUACUUUUCCCCCUUGGGUCUGCUGGGUGGCACUCAGUGUGUGCUGGUCUGGAUGAGUGCAGGUGUGUGAGGGUGCCCUGCUCUGGCUCUAGAGUGGGUUCAGCCUGGUUCGGUGCCCAUCCCGGGUGCUGGGCAGGCAGUGGGGGGAGGAGAGUUAGGAGAGGGAAGGUGGGGUGGGGGUGUGAUUGGCCUGGUCCUUGAGGUGAGGGGUUGGGGCUGCAACCGCCUUGGCCCUGCUGCAGGGUUGGGGUGAGGAGUUGAGGUAUGUGGGAUAGCAGCGGCAGGGGGUGGUGGUGUACAGGGGGGAGGGUGGCAGGCUUGGAGGGGUCAUUUACCCUGCCUGGGGUGGUACUUAGGGAAGGGAGGCCGCUGUGGAUUUGGAGCUCUGGGGCUGGUAUCCAGGGGUAGACGUGGGUGGACAAGCCUGAAGUCAUAGGUAGCUCAGGUCCAGUGGGACGUGGCCUCCCGUGGCGCUGCUUUAGGAAUCAUGGGAGGGGGUCCUUGUUACAGCCCCUCACCAGCUCCUCACCUUGUAACUGUCUCACAGACAGGUGCUGGGGCAGGGCUUCCGGGUGGCAGGCCCCACUCAGAAUUCAUGGCCCACAGGGAGGGGCUGGCCAGCAGGUGCUGUGGAAGAGGACGGCGGGAGCCUGGGUGCCUCCCCAGUGGACCAGGGCUGGUGUUCUUAAGGGAGGGCCUGGAGGCCCCUGGCCCUCCAUCCCCCACCCCAGGGAUCCUAGAGAACUUUCACCUCAAAACCUUUCUAAGCAAAGUGUGAAUAGGAUUUUUACUCCCUUUGUACAGUAUUCUGAGAAAUGCAAAUAAAAGGCAUCGUGUUCCUGUU